UACUUUAUUUGAAUGACAACAUAAAAAAAUAUAACGUUUAUUGUUUAAUAUUGAACAAACCUGAGUGGCUGCUUAUUGGAAUUGUACUUAAAUUUAUUUUAAAAACGCUUUUAUUUAAAUUUUACCAACAAAUAGCUGGUAGUGAAGAACGUUUUAAAAGGUUGAAGUUGUCUGAAACGUGUAAUGAAAAAAGUUGUUAAAGAAUGAAACUUAAAAUUGUUAUAUCACUAAUCAGUUUGAUAGUAGUUGUUGCAGUCAUUGUUAUUGUAGUAGUUGUGGUUAAAAACAAUAAAACUUCUGCAAAUCAAAACAACAAAAACUCUACAAACGAAGUCAACCCUAAUAAAGCAAGUUUAUACUCAAAAGCAGCCGUAGCUUCUGAUGCAAAGGUAUGUUCAAAGGUGGGAAAAGACAUUUUACUAAAAAAUGGUUCUGCUGUUGACGCCACUGUUGCUACACUUAUUUGUAUUGGACUUGUUAACAUGCACAGUUGUGGAUUAGGGGGCGGUGGUUUUAUGAACGUUUAUGAAAGAAAGAGUAAAAAGAGUUUUAUUUACGAUUUUCGCGAAACUGCACCUGCAGCUGCAAACAAAACCAUGUUUGCUAAUAUUUCCUCGACAGAAGGAGGUUUGGCUGCUGGGGUUCCUGGAAAUGUAAAAGGUCUCUAUUAUGUAUGGAGGAAACAUGGAAGACUUCCUUGGAAAGAGUUAGUGCAACCAACUAUAGACUUAGCAAGAAAAGGAUUUGAAUUAACAAACGCCACAUACUUGAGUACGGUUUCAUUAAAAUCUAAAAUUGAGGCAAAGCCAAACUUGCGCAAAUUAUUUAUAAAACCAGACGGCUCAUGGAUGAAUGCUGGCGAUAAUUUCACAAACCCAGUACUAGCAAAAACAUUAGAAACAAUAAGAGACAACCCUGAAGACUUUUAUAACGGCAGUUUAGCAGAACAAUUUGUUAACGAUCUCAAAAAUGAAGGUGGUAUUAUAACACUAGAUGAUAUGAAAAAUUACAAUGUAGUUGAAAGACAACCAUUAGUUACUGAAAUUAAUGGUUUAAAAUACUAUUUAAUGCCACCACCUGGAAGUGCAACAGUGGUCGCCAUGACGCUUAAUAUUUUAAAAGGGUUUAAUUUAACUGCAAAAGAUUACGACACAGAAGAAAAAAAGAUAAAAGUAAUGCAUAAAUUCAUCGAAGCUUUAAAGUUUUCAUACGCCAGGAGACCAUUAUUGGGUGAUCCUGGUUUCGUAAAUACAACGGAGGUUACUGACGCUAUGCUUAACCAAACCUUUGCAGAAAUUUUACGAAAAAGAAUUAAAGAAAAUGAAACUUAUUUUAACGAAUCUUUCUAUGGAGGAUAUUACGCUCAAAAUCAAAUGCCGUAUGGAACUUCUCAUGUAUCAGUAUUGGCUGAAAAUGGCGAUGCUGUUGCAGCCACUGAUACAAUAAAUGCUGUUUUUGGCGGACUUGUUCGCUCAAAUAAUACAGGAAUUAUUUAUAACAAUGAAAUGGACGACUUUUCUUCACCUUCUUUAAUGAAUAAAUGGGGUUAUUAUCCUUCAAAAGCUAAUUAUAUACAACCUGGUAAACGCCCUUUGUCGUCAAUGAGUCCAAUUAUUGUAGUAGAUUCUUUAGGUGAUGUGAUUAUGGUUGUUGGAGGAUCCGGUGGGUCAAGGAUAAUCUCUGGAACAACUUUUACAUUGUUUCGGAAAUUAUUUUUGGACAUGGAGUUAGGCGAAGCAAUAGCAGAAGAAAGAGUACAUACCCACUUGUCACCCAACGAAGUAUAUAUUACGGAAAAAUACCCGAUCUCUCAGGUUAUGCAAGACGGGUUAAAAAAAUUAGGUCAUAUUCUUACAACUUCACCUUAUUGGGUAGCAGUGCAAGCGAUUUAUAGGAAAGCAGCUGGUGAACAAAUUAGCGCAAAGUCUGAUCCUCGUAAAGGCGGUCUUCCUGAUGGUUACUAGAAUUUUAUAAUUGAUGGUUACUAGACUUAGUUUCUUUAUUUUCUUCAUUAAAAACUAAAAUUAUCUGAUAUUUAAUUGGUUUUUAAAUGUAUAUAUAUUCAGAAUUAAUGCUAAUAAUUUAGUGAAAUACAUGUCCAGUUCAAGAUAAA